AUGGAGGUCAAGUCGUUCUUCAACUGCAUCCCUUUGCAUCGAGCAGUCACACGCGAGGUGUGCUCGAGCAUACUGGAUCAUUGCAUCGACCGAGUGCUGCUGCGGCGGCGUGUUGGGCAGAACCAUCUGCAACCUCGCGGUCUAGCGUACUGGGAGCUGCACCAGCCUCCUGAUACGAUGAAUAUUACCACUGGGGUGGCGCGCGAACCACGGGACCUUGUACGGCCUCACGCUACAGUGCGCCACCACAGCUAG